AAAUGCAGGAAGCUUUUUGACAGGAACUGCAUCAAACUGAGAAAAGAGGAAGCCAUGGAGGGUGGCCCUUUCAGUAGCGACAAAACUAGAAGUAAACUCAGAGAAUUGCAUGCCUCGAUAUACGUUUCAGUGAAGGCGGCAACAUCAACUUCUGACAAAAUUAUCAAGGUGAAAGACGAGGAGUUGCACCCUCAAAUUGUUGAGCUUCUACAAGGGUUGAUGAAAAACUCGAAGGUUAUGUGUGAGCUUCAUGAAGCUCAAAGUAAAAUCCUGUUUGAAGUGGGAUCAUUCAACUGCCCCACUUAUGAAGGGUUUAGCAAUGAAUCUCAGAGCCAUGCCACCCGUCUGCUGGAGGAAAGAGUUGAAUCUUGGCGUUUAUGUUUUUCUGAGUAUAUUUCUGCUCAGAAGUCAUAUCUCGAUGCUCUUUCCAAGUGGAUUUCCACUUGCUUUGACUUCAGACCAGGGAAUGAAGGCAAUAAUGAUCCACCAUUGCUAGUAAUGGUGAAAGACUGGAAGAGUAACUUGGAUAAGUUGCCCAGCACGGAGGUCACAAAGUGCAUGAAAAGCUUAUCAAAUGAUAUCAGGAAAGUUUAUGUUCAACAAGGCAAAGAGCAACACCAGAUGAGGAAGGUUAUUAAGAUGACUACAAAAUUUGAUAAGAAAGCUGCAGCCCUAAAGAAGUUUGAGGACAAGGUUCUCGGGUCAAAGAGUAGUACUAAGGAAGCUGUACAGUUUAAACUUGACGAUGGGUUUGAGCGCUUGACAGCAAAGAGAAAUUCAUUGGCAACAUACAAGAGUAGGCUUGAGAAGAACAAAGCAAAGCACAUAUGUGGUGUCCAAAAGACUCAGACGCUCACUUUGGAGCGAAUGCUGAGAGGUUUCUCGAGUGUUUUUGAAUCUUUGGUUAACUUUUCUAGGGCUUCUGCUCAAAUGUAUGCUGACCUUAUUGCAUAUAAUGGGAAUGCCAAUCGAAGUGAUGGCAACAUGACCACUUAGGUAAAACCAACGGAGAAGGCUCAGGCUAAAAAUAAAUGGAAAAAGAGGCUCAAUAUGAACCUCAAAGCGGAGCUCUCUGCGGACUUAGUUUUGAUUUCAUGUAUUAAAAAACUUAUC